UGCUCUUCCUAUGGAUGGAAUCACGACCAGAGCGCUCAUUCUACACAACAGUGAAUAAAGUCCUUUCUGUGUCGGGGAAAGACAAUAUUGGCGACGAGGAAGGUCAUGGAGAGCCUCGUGCAUUACAGUAAUCCCUCCCAUGCCCCUUCAGUGUUAGGGUUUCUCAAUGAGCAGCGUCUCAGGGGCCAGAUGUGUGACAUAGUCCUGGCUGUGGCGGAUCAGAGGUACCAGGCCCACAGGAGUGUUCUGGCUGCCAGCAGUGAGUAUUUCCAGUCCCUCUUCACACGGCUGGAUGCAGAGACCCUCAAAGUUGUACACUUGGACUUCUGUGAGCCUGAAGCCUUUGAGAUAGUCCUGAAUUACAUUUAUUCAUCCUCACUGUUUGUGGACAAAGGCAGCCUGGCAGCAAUCCAAGAGCUGGGCUACAGCCUUGGAAUCCCCUUCCUUACCAACAUUGUGUCAGCAAGGCCACAUGUGUCCUACUGUGUCUCCAGAAAAAGGCUGUCCUUCUCAGAGGAGGAGGAGAAUGACGGUCAGACAAGGAGCGUCAUUGUGUGUCGUGUUCGCAACGACACGUCUGUCCAUGGUCACUCACAUUAUCAAAGGAAGACGUCUGAGAUAUCGUCUUACCCCCACUCAACCCGAGAGGCGGCUCAGCCUCCUUCAGAACACAACUCACAUGAAUCAAUCAGGAACUCGGAUCAUCUGAAAUCAUCUGAAACGAGUGAAAAUUUUGAUAGGAAGUCCACCUAUCCAUAUACCUCCAUAUUAAAAGGGAAUCCAUCUCUUGUCACAUCAGUGAGGCCGCAGCUGACAUCAUCAGUGUCUUUCAGUGAUGCAGAAGUGCAGCACAUCAGUUUGCAGCCAGAUAGUGAUCAGGACACUAAAAAGGAGGAGGAGCAGGAGGAGCUUGUCUGUCACACCAAAGUGCCCAUUCAGGGUCAAACCAGUGAAACAAGCCACACCAUUGACAGGAGCGGGCCACUUAUAAAAAGCCUUCUUCGUAGAUCGUUAUCCAUGGACAGCCCUGUUCCAGUCUUUUCACCCACGCUGGAGCUCAAAGAACUGCAAAACCGAGAGCAGUCGGUUGUUAAAAUGGCAUCAAGCACAUCUGGGCCAGAAUCAUCAGAUCACAACGGCAAUUCAAAAAGAUCAUCUCCACUGGUUCUCAGGUCAAAGUACCCCAGCAGGUAUGAUGAAGAAACUCAGGUAGAGGGAGAGGUUUGUGUGAAAGCUGAGCCCAGCAGUCCUCUCGCUGACCCCUUGGAGAUUAUUCGAAUUACAGUUGGAGAUACUUUGCCAGUUAAUCUGAAAGACUUUCAAACAAACUAUGACCAAGGUUCCAGGCCAGACUUAAGCCCCCUUGGGAAAAGAAAAAACAGGUCAGACAACAGAAGAUAUCCAUUCAAGAAGACCAGAGGUUUUAAAGAACAUCCCCUUCCACUUGAUGAGAACAUGUCAGAAAAAGUACCUCAGACUGCCAGUACGGACAGUAAUUAUAACACUGGAGAGUCACAGCAGAACAAGAUUUUCAAAUGCUGGAAUUGUUUGAAGGUGUUCAGAUCCAGUGCUGGACUGCACCGUCAUGUAAACAUGUAUCACAACCCCGAAAAGCCGUAUGCUUGCGACAUCUGCCACAAGCGCUUCCAUACAAACUUCAAAGUGUGGACACACUGCCAAACCCAGCAUGGUGUAGUACAAAACCCAGCUUCAUCCUCCAGCUCCUCUGUACUCGAUGAGAAGUUUCAAAAGAAACUGAUAGAUAUUGUGCGAGAGAGAGAAAUAAAGAAAGCUUUGCUUUGGAAAUUGAAGAGAAAUAAGCAGGGGUUGCAAUCUUCUACACUUACCAAAAAGAGGUCAAGAGCCAACUUCAUAUGUCCUUACUGUGGGAAAGGAUUUCUGUUCCAGUCUCAAUACAGGCAGCAUUUGAGGACACAUCCUGCUGAAAAAGCUGAGCAGGACACAGCAGGGGAGAGCAUCCUCUAUCAGAAACAGGAUGAGAUCAUUCAACAGAAGAACACAGACACUGGUGUUUACUCCUGUAGACUUUGCAAUGUGAAGCUGUCCUCACUCUUUGAGCAGGGUGACCAUGAGAGGGGCUGCCGACACGCCACUGUAUGCCCAUACUGUGGUCUCCGAUUCUCAAGUCCUGCGGUUAAGAAAGACCAUGAAGCACAUUGCAAGUACAAGAAACUGACGUGCCUAGAAUGCAUGCGGACUUUCAAGUCCUCCUUCAGCAUAUGGCGCCACCAGGUGGAGGUCCACAACCAAAACAUGAUGACUGUUAAAGACCAGAUGAACCUGAAGCUAGAAGAGAACAACGGAGAAGCCUCUGACAUGCUGGGACAGGGGCAUUACAGGGAUGAGCCUCUAGCAACCAGGAGUUCAAGAGAAAACAUUAACUACAGUGACUCCUCAGGUCCACCUAUAUAUGACUCAGAAGAUUCUUCAUCCUAUGUGCCUGAGGACCUGAGCAUGGGCCAUCAUGGCAAGUUGGUAGUGAAGGAAGAGCCGAUAGAAGAGGCCGUGAGUGAGAGGGAAAACACAGAGACUGCCAAAACCGGGCCUGAAGAACCCGGUGUGUGGCCGUGCGAGAAAUGUGGAAAUCUCUUCAGCUCUCGCAAAGACCUGGAACGGCACCAGGAGCUGCUAUGCCACAUCAAACCCUUCAUCUGUCACAUCUGUAACAAAGCCUUCAGGACCAACUUCCGCCUUUGGAGCCACUUCCAGUCCCACAUGUCAGCUGCUGAUGAAGCUGGAGCCAAAGAGGUCGAAAGACGCCCUUCAUCUCCCUCUCCCUCCCCGCCCAUGACCCCUCAAGUCUCUGGACGUCCUUCCCCUCAGGCCUCUGUGCUCAAAUCAGCCCAGACGGUGCAAGCGGCUGCAGUGGUGGCCGAGGAGUCGAGCAGCCCAGAGCCUUGUAGCUCAACAGUAGCCAAGAGCAAGAGGCCUGAAGCAGAAAGGCAAGCCAGCAGCCACAGCCCUGUGUCAAGAUCAAACAGCAUGGAGGCUUCAGCUGGUCCUCAGGAAUCAGACACACUCUUUUACCACGCACCCUCUCUCUCUGCUCUGACAUUUAAGAGGCAGUAUAUGUGUAAACUCUGUCACCGGACUUUUAAGACAGCCUUUAGUCUCUGGAGCCAUGAGCAGAGCCACAGCCACGUGUAAGCAUCACACAGGUUAUCAUAGUGCAUUUUCCUUGAGAGACAAUACUUAACAUUAGCAUUACACACCUCAGCCUACAAAAAGUGUCAGCCUUUAAGAGGAAGACUUUGAAUGUAUAGCUUAUUUGCUUGCCUCCAUGUCAUAUUGUAAUUGGCCAUGUGUAAUAGAGGUGUGAACGUGAAUGUGUGCAAUGCAUUGCCAGUUUUGUCCUUGUUAACAUGAGAUGAUUCGAUAAAUGGUUUAUUUUCCUUGGAAAUUAGUGAUAUGCAUUUAUCUUUUAAACUUUGUUUUGUUUCUCACUUCUGUUCAUCUAUUUAGGUGUAUUGAUGGAAAAAAAAAAAAAACACUUUAAAUUGGGGGCUGUAGUAGAAUUGAGGAUCAGAGAAGUACUUUUGCCUUUGUAUUAGAUCUGUUUUGGUCUCUUGAUGUUGAUCGUGAAGAGUGGCAUCAUGUAAGUUGAUAUUUGAGGCCUCAACAAUGUAAUCAAUGUGCACUUUGUCAAAUUGCUUAUUAUAUACUGGGGGAGAUGUAAUCAAAAGAAUCCUUGUGUUUCCAAAAUUGCGCUAGAGAGAAUGCGUGAUAGCUUGUGGUUUCUUCUUAAUACUUAGCAUUCCUUUGCAAUUCUUUGGAAUAGAUCAUUCUGUUCUUAUAAUGAAGAUAUUUUCUCUUAUAUUUUAGUUUCUUAUUGCCUUUCUGUCAUUUCAUGUUUAACAGGUUUUUAUUAAUUGAAUAAGAAAACUGAAUAAACUUACAAAUCCAUAGAUCAAACACAUGGAAUACCCUCUGCUUUAAAAAGCUUAGCAUUUCAGUAUGCAUGUAGUGACCUGGAAGCAUGAAAAUUCACUGAUUGGAUUAAAACCAGAUUUAUUUAUAAUGGGAAGAUGGCAAGAACUGGGCUACAUAUCAUAUUUGUUCCCACAUUUUUACAGGCUUUAUAAUCACUUCUAGUCUACAUUUGAAUUCAGCAGCUCAUGUCGUCCCUGUGAUUUCCCUGUUGCAUUACUUUUUUCGUGUAUGCAACUGAAUGGCACACAGAGGAAGCAUCGUAAUCCAAUACAUAAAGAUUAGAAAAUGACAUUUGUUCUAAAAUUAUCUAAAUUUUAUAAAUGUUCCUCUAAACUCUUGGCUCAGUUUCAUCCAUGAAUCAAUUUGUAAAAAGUGCUCAGACUGACUUGCUAGUAAAAACGGGAAGACUUGUCAGUUGAGAUAAUAGGCUCAGUUGACCUUAUGGCUUGAUAUGACAUAAUGCUACAUACUUGAUAACAUUAGUUCAAGUGUUUGGCUUAUCCUGUCCUCUGCUGGAGACUGAUUUCAACUUUUUAAACCUGACGGACUUUCAGAAGAUUUGGAAAAUAAAAUUGCAAUACAGUAGUUCUGUAUUUAGCCAUAUUUACACUGAGCUAAAUGGAAGCAAAAAGCUGAUUUGUGUUUGCCUCAUGUGGACAUUUUUUUAAACACUAAAAACCCUCCCCAUGACUUAAGGAACAUUCCCCACUCAUUUGAAAUUAUAGGUCUGAACUCGUAAUGAAUCCUCAAAUAAGGAACAAGCAACCCACAAUCCCGAGCCUUCUGACAUUUCAGCGAUUAUCAAAAUCAAGAUGCUUUACGCAGUGCAGGGUGGCUUGAAUCACUGAGGGCACAAGUGUUGUGUAAAUACUCAUGCAUAGAUACAUUUUUGCAAUUUAAUACAUCUGGUAAUUAAUCGAGCUUUACAAUGCUUUGAUGGCCUUAUGCAACAAAUGAUUUUGUCAAUACUGUCUUUUACAUAAAAGCACAAGAUGAUUUCAGAUGAUAAUUAUUAGUAUUAUUAUUGACUCAGGCAUUUAGAGGUGAUGAAGUCAAGGAGUAGGUAUGUGGGGGGAAAAAAUGUUACUCCAGGAACGGUGAGGAUGUGUUCCUGUUAUUAAAUUGCGAGAGUUACUAUUGAAGAUUGUGUUUGUGAUGUGUUCCAAAUGUUUUACAAUUGUAUUCUCGUACAAGUGUAUAAUUCUGCUUUGGCUUGAUUGACAAUGGAUUAGGAGAGGUGGACUUGUCAUAAAAUGUUUUGAUUGCUUCAACUUGGGAGAUGUUAAAUUCAUAGUGUUCCACACUAACUAUAGGAAUCAGUUUCUGACUAAAUGAGUACAGCUAGCGGCGUUGUGAUGUUAAAUUCAUUUGAGAAAUUCUGUAUUGAUAAUAGUGCUCUUAAUUUUUUUUGUGAGAGAAACUUUAUGAAAGAAAGACAUUUCAAGGAGAGAAUUAGAAUAUAAUUUUGUGUAUAUUGCAGUGUUUGUAUUCUCGAUUUUGUACCUAUUUUGUUAGUAAACAAAAGUUUAUCUUUUUAGUAUUACCGUGCUCUUACUGCAAUAAUAAAUAUUUGUAUUAGUAUUGGUUGCAUUAUUGUUGCUUUUGGAGACUUGCAGCAGCUCUGUGUUUAGGGUUUUCUACAGUUUUUUUGUGCUUCAUUUCUGUAAUAAAGAGUAACAAUGGAGUA